UAUCUAACAUAUUUCCCCCCAAUUUGUACUAUUUACUGUUUUUCUUCAGCAUACACACUUCCUUGCCUUCUUCCCGAUUUGUAGAUUUACUUCUCCUUUGCUGGUUCUCUCGAUUUGCACAGCCUUAUCUUCGUCUUCCCCAAAACCCUAGCUCUUAAGAGCUUUUCUACAUGAAGCUCCGAAACAAGGCAUAAUCCGAAUCCCGUAAAUCUUGUUAGAUUCGGGUUGCACUCUCGUCACCCAGCUGCUGCUCUAGGUCCAGUGUUCUUCCCGACAAAAUCAUGGAUGAGAAUAAAACUCGGAGCAAGCAUUUCCUUUUGUUAGUGUAUCAGAGCUUUGGCAUAGUGUUUGGGGACUUGGCCACUUCCCCUCUCUAUGUCUAUAGAAGUGCAUUUGCUGGAAGGUUGCGCCAUUAUCAAUCUGAAGAGGCAGUUUUUGGGGCUUUCUCCGUCAUAUUUUGGACCCUCUCUUUCUUUUCAUUGUUUAAAUAUGCCGUCUUCAUGCUUAGUGUAAAUGAUAAUGGUGAAGGUGGAAUUUUUGCUCUAUAUUCACUUCUUUGCAGGCAUGGGAAGUUUUCUUUGCUCCCUAAUCAACAAGCUUCAGAUGAGGAGCUUUCAACGUAUCAGCAUGCGGGUUACUCAAAUAGAAGUGUGCCUGCCUCUUCGUUCAGAAGGCUUCCUGACCGUGAUAAGAAGUCAAAGUUAGCUCUACUUAUACUGGUCCUGAUGGCUGCUAGUAUGGCCAUGACUCUUGGUGUCCUUACACCAGCUAUAUCUGUUUCAUCUUCUUGUGGACUGUUCAAGACACUGACACAUUUUUAUGUGUAUACAGGAAUUAUGGUUGCCCUUGCAGGUGUUUUAUUACUCAGCCUUUUCGUUCUGCAAUAUCAAGGCACACAUAAGGUGGCUUUCAUCUUUUCUCCAGUUGUUCUUCUGUGGCUGUUGUCCAUUGCCGCUCUUGGUGUCUACAACAUCAUGCACUGGAAUCCUAGAAUAUACGAGGCUCUUUCUCCAAUAUACAUUUACAGGUUCUUCAGACUCACUGGAAUCGAUGGUUGGAUUUCUCUUGGAGGUGCAUUAUUAUGUAUCACUGGUAAUAUGCCUCUCUGUUAUAUGUUAAUUUUCUCGGGCAUUAUUAUCUUCAGCGUUGCUUUCUGCUUCUUUGUAUACCCAUGUUUAGUUCUUCAAUAUAUGGGACAAGCUGCAUUUCUUUCAAAGAACUUCUCUGCUAUAUCCUUGAGUUUCUAUGCGUCAGUUCCAGAUGCAGUUUUCUGGCCAGUUUUAGUUAUAGCAAUUCUGGCAACAGUAGUUGUUAGUCAAGCUGUGUUAUCUGCCACAUUUUCCACUGUCAAACAGUGUCAUGCGCUAGGGUGUUUCCCUCGUGUCAAGAUUGUGCACAAAUCAAAGUGGAUUGAUCGUCAGAUAUACGUCCCUGAGAUAAACUGGAUCCUUAUGGUUCUCUGUUCGGCAGUGACUCUGGGUUCUCAAGAUACCACCCGCAUCGGAAAUGCCUAUGGGAUAGCAUCAAUGACUCUAAUAUUCAUCACCACAUCCCUAAUCUCCUUGUCCAUCUACUUCGUAUGGCACAAGGGUCUCGCUCUCGCCCUUUCCUUCUUCAUCCUCUUCGGAACAAUCGAGCUGACCUUCCUCUUCUCAUCCUACAUAAGAAUCCUCCAGGGCGGAUGGGUUCCACUUCUUCUCUCUUCCAUAUUCCUGUUCACCAUGUUCGUGUGGCACUACGGCAGCAGAAAGAAGUACUUGUAUGAUCAAAACCACAAGCUUCCCAUGAAAUGGAUCCUCACUCUUGGUUCAGAUCUCGGCAUUGUAAGAGUCCCUGGUAUAGGUCUCAUCUACACUCACUUAGCAAACGGAGUCCCUGCCACUUUCUCCCAUUUCCUAACCAAUUUACCAGCAUUCUACCAAAUCAUUGUCUUUGUCUGUGACAAAACUGUCCCUGUUCCUUUUGUCCCACAAAAGGAGCGAUACCUUGUUGGAAGAAUAGGCCCUAAAUCCUACAGAAUGUACCGUUGUAUCGUCCAAAAUGGGUACAAGGAUGUUAAUGAAAACGAGAACGAGUACGACUUCGAGAAUGCUCUGAUUAUGAGCAUUGCAGAGUUCAUCCAGCUGGAAGCAGAAGGCGGAGGAAGUGGUACACCCGAUGGUGGGUCCAUUGGAGGUCGACUAGCUGUUGUCAAAUCUUCUGAGAAUUUUGGGAAGAGAUUUGGGAUCUCAAAGUCUAACGGGUUUGAAGGAACCAGCAGCAGCUCGUUGAACAUAACCAGCAGCAAGUCAGCAACACUGGUGAAGCUGAAGAUGAUGUACGAUGAGCAGGAGUCACCUGAGGUGAAGUUCAAGACGAGGGUACAGCUGACGUUGGUUGAUACGAGGUACAAGGACUCGUUUGUGAAGGAAGAAGUGAUGAGACUGAUGGAAGCUAAGAAGUUCGGUGUGGCGUAUGUGAUAGGGCAUUCGAACAGCAAGGCGAAGUGGAACUCACCGUUCUUGAAGAGGUUCCUGAUCAACAUUGUGUACUCGUUUUUGCGGAAGAACUGUCGCGCGCCUUCGAUAGCUCUGUCGAUUCCUCAGACUUCGUUGAUCGAGGUUGGUAUGAACUACACUCUGUAAGUUUCAGAACUGUUGUUCUAUACCUGUUGAUUCCAGACAGGUGUAUGUAUGUGUAACACUUGUUUGUUGGUUUCAUUGAAGUUCUGGUUUUGAGUUCUUUGCAUUUUGUCCAUCCACAUCAAUUUGAAGAAUCAUCUACACUCUACAGUUAUUAUAUGAUGUAUUGAUAAAUAGCAGCAGGGGACUGGUUGGUAUGUUCCCCUUUUCUAGAGCGUUUUAUUAUUUGAAAAGACACGAGAAGAUAAUGCAAGCUCGAGUAAUCUCAAAUCUGGCAAUAAUGAAACGGACAAGGCU